AUGUCUCCCGAUGCAUUUCAGAAAGAUGUAGCGCAGUAUGGAGAUUGUGUUAUAAUCGAUUUGGGGAGUUUCAAGAAUCUAACUACAGUGCUUAAAAAGGGCGAUGUGUUACAGACACGUUUUGGAGCAUUGAGACAUGAUGAUUGUGUAGGAAAAAAGUAUGGAUCGAAGAUUCAAACAUCGCGUGGAUAUGUGUAUAUAUUAGCGUUAAGUCCAGCUCUAUGGUCAGAAACACUGCCUCAUCGGACUCAAAUAAUUUAUCCAUGUGAUGCAAGUUUAAUUGUUGGAGGAUUAGAUUUGGUUCCUGGGAAAUGGGUGUUCGAAGCGGGGACAGGCAGCGGAUCAUUGACGCAUUUCUUAGCUCAAGCUGUAUUACCCCAUGGUCAUGUUCAUACGUUUGAUUUUCAUAGUGAACGUGUUAAGUUGGCAUCUGAAGAGUUCAAUUCACAUUCACUUGGGGAUGUUGUGAAGGUUGAUAUCCGUGAUGUUUGUAAUGAUUAUUUUCCACCAAUCGGGAGUGAAUUAAAUCCUAAUGGUGUAGAUGCUGUUGUCUUGGAUCUGCCUAGGCCAUGGGUAGUUAUUCCUCAUCUUGGACCUACUCUCCGUCCUGAUUCAAUUGGUCGUGUGUGUUUAUUCUCACCUUGUAUCGAACAAGUUCAGAGAUCGUGUACAGCUUUACUAGAAUCAGGUUUUCAACAUAUAAGCACAGUUGAAUGUCUGGAGAGGGAGUAUGACGUGUCACGAACAACGUUGAACAUUCCAAACAUGGGGCAGUUAACUGCUUCUAUUUGGCUUCAAAGUGGUUUCAGUGAAUAUAUGAGUUCUGUUUCGCAAUUCAACAAACAUCUGCUUCCUCCUCCUAAAACAUCCGAGAUAGAGAAUAUUCAUUGUAAACGCAGUCAUCCAAAUCCAGAGCUAGGUAAAUCGAUCAAUCCUAAACAACUUAGAGAUAUAGAGAGUUCUACAAAAGUUGAAAAUAGCUUUACUUGGGAACCGAUUCUACAACCUAAAAUGCGGGGUCAUACGGGUUACAUAACUUUUGCCACAUGGAUACCGAGCACACAGCCAAAUGUUUCAAGCACAGAGUGUACAGAAUUCAUGCCGUCUAUGGAUAUAUAA